AUGACUUAUAACAGAGCACCAUUUACCAUUCCUUCCCUCAGUACGGUCAUGUUCUCCUGCAACUCUUAUAACACCAUCGUGUCUGGAGGAGCCAAUGUGAACCUCCCCAUUGACUGCCCUCCUGCUGGAGCCCUCAUAACCAUGUCGGCUGCCUGCCUCAUCUUGGGGAUGUCACACUCACUUUCAGGCCUUGAAACAUGGUCCUUUGAUAGUUUUAUCGUCCCUGGAUCGAAAGCAACUCUUGGGGUUGGAGACAAGAUUGUGGUGUACCGUCACAUUAACACCAUCCUGACCUCCCCUCUCCCACUCCCUCUUUUUGCAGCCACUCUGAGCAAAGUGGUGAGCUGUGGUAGCAACCAUGUUGAAUUCUGCUUGCGCGACCUGAACACCGGCUCCCUUCAUCCAAAAACCAUCAAACUACCCCUGUGCAUCACCCGCCUCUCCAGACCACAGCGGAUCAAGAGAGCUCUGCUCUUAUAUCCCCGAUCAUCCAGUCCCCCCCCUCGCACUCCACUCAAAGUCCUUGUCAGGGCAAAGACUCCUAGGCUAUCUCGCCAUAAAGGUGACCGUGUUCUGCGAGACAGCGAUGAUUUACCCAUCAGGUCCUCUGUAUUCUCUGCAGCCGACACCUCAAACCCCUCUCCUGCCUUCCCUUCAUCAUUGACCUGA